ACUAAAUGUCACGUUCACUUCACAGAAUUUAUGAGAUAAAGAUACCAAUACAAAAAACCAAAAAAGACUUGAGUUCGCAUUGACAAAAAAAUAUUUCACUAUUUCGAAACUAAAUAGUCGUGACUUCUAGAAAGCAAGAAUAAUGAAAAAUGGUGCGCAGAGUUUUCGCCAAAGGCGGAGGAGUACGCUUCCACAAGGCCUUUCGCCAAAGGAUUUCAAGGGCUUAUACGUGCCCGUCUUCACAUGUUUUCAACGCGAUGAGCAACAAAGUUUACAAUUGGAAUACAUCAACGAUUACGCCGCAUGGCUGAAGAAAAAUGGCAUAAAAGGUGUACUAGUGAAUAGCACAAUUGGUGAGGGGCCGGCAUUGGGUUUGGUGGAGCGCAAGCUGAAUGCGGAGGUUUGGAGCAGAAGUUGCAAAAAGCAUUCGUUGAUUAUGUUGUUGCAAAUCGGUGGCGCGCCAUUGCCGGACGUAUUGGAUUUGGCACGACAUGCGAAUGACUUAUUCAUACACGGAGUGUUGUGUAUACCGGAACUUUUUUACACUCCCAACAAAUUGGAACAAUUGAUCGGUUACUGCAAGAUCGUGGCCAAGAAAUGUGAAAACCACUCAUUUUUCUACUAUCACCUACCGAAAUAUACAAAUGUUGAUUUCGAUAUGGAAGAAUUUUGUCGUCGUGCCGAAAGUGCAAUACCGAAUUUUGCUGGCUUAAAAUUUUCGCAAAGCGAAUUGAUCUCAGCCGCCAAAUGCUUAGCUGAGCACCGUACUAUUCUGCUUGGCGAUUCGAAAAUGCUCGCUAGCGGUAUGUUACUCGGUUUUGAAACAGCCAUUAUGACGGUGGCGAAUAUGGAACCGGUACUAAUGGGCGAAAUCUAUAAUGCAAUGAUAAGUCACGACUUGAGGACAGCAAGAAGGCUGCAAAACUACUUGAAUCAGUUGAUUAGGGGGCAUGUAACGAAGGGGAAGGAAAGCUGGGUGGCCGAUAUGAAAAAAUGGUUCAAUGAUAAGAUGCUUUCUGAUGACGGUUGUCACAUACAUGUUGGAGAACCGAGAAAAUUGUUCUCCUGAAACUUCAUUUUAUUUUAUAUUACCUAUAUAUAUAUAAAUUCAGUAGAAACUCCAUUCUUGCAUGUUAUGAAAGCCGGGCUCGGUGCAUGCUUCGAGGUUGUCGCAAGUA